CUCUCAUUUCCUCUCAAAACCGAGCUUUACUGCAACUAUAAGCACAGAGAGACAAGCUUUAGCUCGAAUUCUCAAUCAGCUAUGACCAUCUCCAAGGUUUCGAUUGCCUCUAUCCUCCUUUGCCUUCUCCUACUCAAUCUCACCGAAGCUGCCCAUCAGGUGGAGAGCACAAAGGCGGCCGCGAGCUCUACUUCAGCCAAAAUCGACUGCGAUGCUGCCUGUGCCGCCCGGUGCCAGCUGGCGUCAAGGCAGCGGCUCUGCCACAGGGCAUGCGGGACGUGCUGCGCACGGUGCAGCUGCGUCCCUCCGGGCACUUCCGGCAACCGCGACGUCUGUCCCUGCUACGCCACCAUGACCACACACGGCGGCCGACUCAAGUGCCCAUGAGACCCAAGUGCCCAUGAGACCGAACCUUUUCUAAAUACCUAUAUAUACCGUUUGCCUCUUUGCGUUCUCGUAAUACACGUAGUUGUCUGCGAAUUUUAGAGAACUGGGUCAUAUACUGCUUGGGGGCCCUUGGGGACAUUGCUAUGUACGUCGUCGUUUCGAUUGAAAGAUUUUUGUACGGUAUGUAUGAAAAAUGUAUCACAAAUAAGUCGAGGGUUUCUGUAAUAAAGUGUUGUAUACAUGAAUAUUUUCCCAAUAUAGUCUUGUAAUUUGAAGACC